AUUGGGCGUUCCAUGUUUCGCGAGGAGGAGGAGGACGAGGAGGACAAUGAGAAGGAAGUUCGUGGACCAUGGGAUCUCGGCGUGGGAGAGGGGGGAGGGGUUGGGGGGGGUCGGCGGAGGAGGAGGAUGACGACGAGGACGACGAGGACGAGGAGGAAGAGGAGGAAGAGGAGGAGGAGGCCGAGGAGGAGGAAAAGGAGGAUUCGGGGGAGGAGGAGGAGGAGGAGGAGGAGGAGGAGGAGGAGGAGGAGGAGGAGGAGGAGGAGGAGGAGGAGGAGGAGGAGGAGGAGGAGGAGGAGGAGGACGUGGAGGAGGAGGAGGACGAUGAGUAGGGGGAGGAGAAGGGGUAGGAGGAGGGGUAGGUGGAUGAGGAGGAGGAUGGGGCUCGGCUCUUCAGGGGUUUGACAAACCAUGCAUCCUAACCCUCCUCUGCCCCGCUAGCCUAAGCUUGGAGCUGCUGGAGCAGAGUACUUCCUCACCAUUGUGGACGUCUACACUCGCAUGACUUGGGUGUAUGUGCUGCCCAAGAAGAGUGACGUGGCUGAAACGGUGAAGACCGAUUGGUUGCCGAUGGU